UCUCGCAUCCCUAAUUCGCCUUGCUCUUGUUUUUGUUAUUGUGCUGAAGAACUAUUUCACUAAUUGCUAUAUAAUAUAUAGCUACACGAUUCUGGUUGCCUGCAGAGGAUGAGGCUCACUCCAUGAGGCUGCGAUACACAAGGAUUGCGUGAUCUUGGUUUAUGCGGGUGCUCUUGGUGGACUUCCCAGGAGGACAAGAUGUGGAAACUGCUGCGACGCUCGGGAAACGCAGUGUGUGGCGGUGCGAGGCGAUUCCCAGCUGGCCUUCCGGAUGCAGUGCGUCUGGCCAGCGGCCAGGCGGAUCCCGCGGAUGAGCAGGUGCUGCGCAAGAGAAAGUUCCAGCCGCAACAGGCGGCGGAUCUCAGCGAGGAGCUGGCCGGCCAACUGCCCACCAAAUCCCGGGUGGUGAUCUGUGGCGGCGGCAUCACCGGCGCCUCGGUGGCCUAUCACCUGGGCCUGAGUGGCUGGGGUGGCGACACCCUGCUCGUGGAGCAGGAUCGCGUGGGCGGGGAGCUGCCCUGGACCGCCUGCGGAUUGGCCGGGCGUUUCGAGCCCAGCUACACGGAACUCAAGCUGGCGGAGUACUCCAUCGACCUGAUCAAGCGGCUGGCGGAGAGCGGUCUGCCCACCGGCUGGCGGCCAGUUGGCAGUCUGAACUUGGCCCGCAGCUGGGACCGCAUGACCGCCUUCAACAGGAUGAAGUCGCAGGCCCUGGCCUGGGGCAUGCGCUGCGAAAUCCUCUCGCCCGAGCAAUGUGGCCAGCACUGCGAGCUGCUCUCGCUGGACGGCAUCCAGGGUGGCCUGUGGAUCCCCGAGGACGGCGUCUGCGAUCCCCAGCUCGUCUGCCAGGCCUACAUGACCGAGGCCCAGCGGCUGGGAGUGCGCAUUGUCGAGCACUGUGCCAUCAAGAAGAUCCACAGCGAGCACGGGAAGGUGCGGAGUGUGGAGACCACCGCCGGCGAUGUGGAAUGCGAGUACUUUGUCAACUGCACCGGCUUCUGGGCCCGCGAGGUGGGCACGCUGUCCAAGCCGGUGGUCAAGGUGCCCCUGAAGGCGGUGGAGCACCACUAUCUGCACACGAAACCCAUUGAGGGACUCAGUCCGGACACGCCCUUCGUGAGGGACUUCGACGGAAGGAUCUUCUUUCGGGAGUGCGAGGGACACAUCCUGGCAGGCGGCUUUGAGCGCGAGGCCAAGAUGGUCUACGAGGAUGGGGUGAUACCGCUCUCCCAGACAGCCCGCCAGCAUCCGCCAGACUGGGACCACUUCCACGAGCUGUUGGACGCCCUGCUCCUGAGAGUUCCCUCCUUCAGGGGGGCCACGCUGGACAGGCUCACCAACUCGCUGCAGGUCUUCUCGCCCGAUUGCAAAUGGAUCCUCGGAGAAGCACCCGAAAUCCAGAACUACUACGUGGCUGCUGGCAACAAGACCAUGGGUGUGUCCGCAUCCGGAGGCAUUGGUCGCGUCCUCACCGAUCUGAUUACCAAGGGCUCGACAUAUCUGGACCUGCACAUCCUGGACAUCAGCCGCUUCCUGGGGCUGCACAACAACCGAAAGUUCCUGCGGGACCGCUGCAAAGAGGCGCCGGGCAAGCACUUCGAGAUCAACUACCCCUUCGAGGAGUUCCAGACGGGCAGGAACCUGCGCAUGUCGCCCAUCUAUCCGCAGCUCAAGGAGGCGGGCGCCGUCUUCGGCCAGUCGAUGGGCUACGAGCGGCCCAACUACUUCGAUCAGCAGGACAAACAGGAUGAGUUCGGACUGCCUCGCUUCCGGAUCGCACAGACCAGGACUUUCGGGAAGCCGCCGUGGUUCGACCACGUGGCCUCCGAAUAUCGGGCGUGCAGGGAGCGCAUCGGCAUCGCGGACUACAGCUCCUUCACCAAGUACGACUUUUGGUCGAAGGGCAACGAGGUGGUGGACCUGCUGCAGUACCUCUGCUCCAAUGACGUGGACGUGGCCGUGGGCUCCAUCAUCCACACGGGCAUGCAGAAUCCCAAUGGGGGCUACGAGAACGACUGCUCCUUGGCUCGCCUCUCCGAGCGUCACUACAUGAUGAUUGCACCCACCAUUCAGCAAACACGCUCCAUGUGCUGGAUACGGAAACAUAUGCCGAAUCAUUUGAGGGCCAAGGUGAACGUGGCGGAUGUCACCUCCAUGUACACGGCCAUCUGCAUCCUGGGACCCUAUUCCCGCAUCCUGCUCUCCGAGCUCACCGACACCGAUCUCACGCCAAAGAGCUUCCCCUUUUUCACUUAUAAGGAACUGGACGUGGGCUUGGCCGACGGCAUCCGAGUGCUGAACAUCACCCAUACGGGAGAACUAGGCUAUGUCCUCUAUAUCCCCAACGAAUAUGCCCUGCAUGUGUACUCGCGACUUUACCAGGCGGGCCAGAAGUUUAACAUACAGCAUGCGGGAUACUACGCCACCCGAGCCCUGCGCAUUGAGAAGUUCUAUGCAUUCUGGGGCCAGGAUCUGGACACCUUUACCACGCCGCUGGAGUGCGGGCGCAGUUGGCGCGUCAAAUUCAAUAAACCCAUCGACUUCAUUGGACGCAAUGCCCUGCUGAAACAGCGCGAGGAGGGCGUCAAGCGGAUGUAUGUGCAGCUGCUGCUGAACGACCACGAUCACGAGGUGGACAUGUGGUGCUGGGGCGGCGAGCCCAUCUAUCGCGACGGGGUCUACGUGGGCAUGACCACCACCACCGGCUAUGGGUACACGUUCGAGAAGCAGGUCUGCCUCGGCUUCGUGCGCAACUUCGACGAGGAGGGGCGGGAGCUGGCGGUGACCAAUGAGUACGUGCUGUCCGGCCACUACGAGGUGGAGGUGGCUGGCGUGCGGUUCGAGGCCAAGGUCAACCUGCAUUCGCCUAAUCUGCCCACCAAGUUCCCGGAUCGGGAACGCGAGGCCUAUCACGCCACUCGCGACAAGCCGGACCAGGCGGAUCUCCUGUCAUUCGGCGGCUUGACUACGGUAACCGGCACCGGAACGCCAACGGACGGGCAGUAGGGAUCGCAGAGGAGGAGCUGGAUCCUUGACCAACAUCAUACGCCACCUGGCUGUGCCAAGCAAAGAAGCACUUCGUUCAUUUCUAGUUCAACUCGAGAGUCUCAAAAGCAAAGCGAUAUUAUUCGAUUUAGUACGAUAGGGAAUCGAGCGAAUAUGAGAUGGGCAAAUGGUUGUUUAAAACCAAAGGCAAUCACUAUCAAAUAUAUUUUCCCUAAUGCAUAUGAGGCAUGAAAACCAGUUUAUCAGCCAAUAAGAAAACUUUUUAAGAAGCAUUUGACAUAAACAAAAUUUUUUAUAAUUUAUAAACAAAAUGGACUUGUUUUCGUGUUCCAUAUUCAUCAGUAAAAGUAUGUAUUUGUACUGGUUAAUUAAAAAAUGCGUUAAAUUUGGUGAGAUGUUGUUAAGAGAGAGCAAAUUGCUCAAUCACUAGAUUUGUUAAAAGGAUUUUCUGGGUUUGUUUUCAGCAAAAAAUCGUAACGUUUUGAUAAAACAUCGAAUUGAUAUGUGUACAAACCCAAGAAAUCACUAUUUAUAUCUUGUUCUCUUUCGACUUUCGGUUUUGUUCGUCUUUCAGACGUCGUGUCAAUUAAACAUAUAGAAUAAGCUAUAAAUACGGCUAUAUAUCCGUGUAUAUCUAAGAAUCUUCCGUGAUAUUGGAAUAAUUGUGGAAUGUUUUGCACAUUGUUAAAAAACGGCACAAAAAUAAUGUUGACAUUUUUGCUCAAAGCUGGCUUUGCAACUAGUUGGAAUACCAAUAAAAAAUCGAUUAACGAAAAUUUAGAUAAGCAAAAAAUAUGAAAUGUUUUUGAGCAGUUUUUCAGAUAAUUCUGAGUCACUUUUUUUUUUUACUAACCCAGACGAUUGACUUUGUAAAUUAUGGUGUGUGAAUGUAUAGCCACACCUUCGCAUAUUAUAAAUCAUAUUGUACUAUAUAUUUAUACAAAUACAUUUACUGUUUACAAAAA